AUGUCCAAACUCCAAGAGGAGGUCGUGGCAGCUGCCAAGGCUUGUACUUCUGAGGCGAGUCUUCGCAAAGCCUUACAGGAUCUCACCGGAACCGCCGUUCCGGGCGGACCAACGGGUCCCGGCUCGAGUCCAAAGGUGCACGAGUCUCAUAGUCAUGGCAUCCUGAGCAACUUGGGCGAGAGCUUGGAGGAGCUGGGACACAAGGCAAAAGAAGCUUUGCAGAAAUGGCACUUCUUGGAUGGUUGGACGCAUGAUCGUUCGCAGGACUACAUGCCGGACGAUGUGCUGGAAGUCCUGAGGACUUUGCGCGAGGGUGAGGGGGUCUUUGGGAUGGAUAUUGGAGGCACCUUGGCCAAGGCGGCUCAGCUUCUGAAGCCUGGAGAGGCACACCUGUCACCCAGCACCUUUGGCAAGACUGGGACCUUUCAUCAGGAACUCUCUUUUCAGUUGAAGGUGAAGGAGGAGAUGGUUCUGAAAAGCCUCCAAAACCUUGACCCCAAGGGCGAGGGCCCCUCGUCUGCCCCGGGCGCCAUGAGCCGGCGCAUCGUCACGGCGGGCGGCGGGGCGCAUCGCUUGGCAAAGCUCUUUAUGGAUUCACUGACGGUGGAAGUGGUGCCCUUCAAAGAGAUGGAGUCUCUGGUGAGUGGAUUGACCUUCCUCCAUGAAAACAAGCCCAAAGAUGAGGUGUUUCAAAUCAUGCCAGAUGGUUCUCAAGUGAUGGUCGACUGGCCCGAUCCCUUGUACCCCUGCAUCAUCGUAAACAUCGGUUCCGGCGUGAGUGUGCUUCGCUUGGACGCCGGCGAGAGUGGGGAGCCCUACUUCACGCGGCUGGGUGGCACCGCCACAGGGGGUGCCGCCUUCUUGGGCUUAGUCAGGAUGAUGACCUCUGCCAAGACCUACCCUGACUGCUUGGCCUUGGCGCAGAAGGGGGAUGCUACCAGGGUGAACAAGUUGGUCAGUGACAUCUACGGACAGGAUGGAUGUGGAAAUCUGGGCUUACCGCCUGGCUUGACCGCUGCGCACUUCGCCAAGAUCACCAUGAAGGACUUUGAUCAUCCAGCCUACCAGGAGGCAGACGUGGCUGCGGCCGUGUUGACCAUGGUGGUCUCGGCGAGCACGGUCAUUGCACGAGCCUUCUCACGUUCGGUGGCCGAGCACGGGUCGGAGAAGAAGAAACCCGCUCAGGAGAGGGAAGGACAGAAGGGCUGGGGGAGGCAGGAGGCUCGUGCUCGGUCUUUGAGCGGCGACUCCUCCCAGCCGCUGGUGUCCAAGGCACAACUCAAGGGCGCUGCACCUUAUCCAGGUGAGCGGAAGACACCGGUCUUCUUCGUGGGCGGCUUCCUGGCGGAGAACCGGCGCGCCUGGGAGAUCAUCAGCCGGUCAUUCCGGAACUUGGACUGUGGUCCGGCACUCUUCCUGAGACACGCCGAUUUCUUGGGAGUCUUUGGGGAGAUCGCUCUGAUGAGUGAAGACUGUAAGAGGAAGGGUCGCUGUACUGCCUUGAAGCGCACUGAGCUCCUGAUCCUGCACCGGGAUGACUACAAGUGGUGUGUUGGUGCAUCGCAAGAAACCACGGUGAAAGAGCGCGUGGCUUUCUUGAGAAUGGCAGAAGAAGGCUUACUGGAGGAUAUGCGUGAGGUGGACCUUCAAGCGAUGGCUUCAUCUUUGACCGAGGACACCUACAUCGGAGAGCAUGAGAUCAUCCGCCAAGGGAGUGAAGUGGAGCGGAUCAUCUUCGUGAAGAGCGGCUUCUGCAAGAUUGUCCGGGAAAUCCAUCCCAAAUUCACCAAGGUGUUCUGUCGCUACGCCAACUAUGCCGAACCCAUGCCGAACCCCUAUGCCGAAGGCGAAGAAGGCUUGCGUGUGGGUGAAAAGGGCGUUUGGCCACGACCAAAGCCACAAAAGCCAACUCCAGUGGCAGAACCGAAGACCGGCUGUCAGAUGGCGAGGAAGACCCUGAAGCUGGAGUCUCACCAGAUGUUGAAGAACAUGUUGCGACUGGUUCAAGGCGAUGAAGCCUCUCACCAGAUGAGCCUUUUGAAGACUAUGGAGAAGAGGACCAGGACAGAAAUCCUGAGCAAUGACGAGGCGCCGCCGGAGAAGGGUCGCAGCUUGAGGGUGGUGGUGGAUGUGAUCUCCAAAGGAAGCUCCGUGGGCGUCAUGGAGCUCAUGGAGGGCCUCACCUACCAAUGCAGCGUGAUUUGCUCCCCUCUGGCCGAGAUUUACUCCAUCUCCAGGUUCGACUUCAUCAGGAACGGUCCUCGACCGAUUACCCAUCGUCUGUUUUGCAACUACAAGGCAAGGCUUUCUGACAAGCAACUCAUCUUUCGCUUGGUGCAGAAACACAGGUGGGACCACUACAAGCGCGGCUUGUUGGAAGAGAUUCGGAGCUGGAACAGCUCUGCCAGCCGCGGCAUCGUGGAUCGGGAAGACCCUGUGCCGAUGAUCGGCGGGAGUGCACUGGAAGAUGAGACUCUCAUGCGCAUCGGUCGCGGGGAGAAGCUCUGGGAUCAACGAGCACAGACUCCGCCGAAUCAAUCCUACAAUCCAGACCAAGCAGUGAAGCAGAUCUUCAAAGUGGAGUGCACGCGAGAUUCCGACGGAAAGCCGCUAGUGCACGUGGAGCGCGAGCAGCGGGAUGCUUCCAUGGACGAGUUUGAGCGAAAGUUGCUGGAGACCAUGGCCAAUGCCCGCUAUCGCGACAAGCUUCGGAGGGCCAAACGUCAAGUUGCUGUUGGCGCCAGUCAAGCGGGCCAGCCACCAGUGGAAGAUGCGAAGGGGGUCAAUGCAGUGGCAGUGGCGCAGGCCUUGGAAGAAGAGGCCAAGAGGAGUUUGGAGGAGCAAAAGCAACAAGAGAAAGAACGCUUCCAGGCUCUGCGGCAACAGAUGCAAGACAAGGUGAAGCAAGACAGAGACCAGUCAACUGAAAGGAGACCGCGGAAGACUCUGAUGGGCUCGUCGAUCAAAGCUUCUGCUUCCGGCUCUCAAAGCGCUCGUUCCAAGACUUCACCAAGAAUGACGUUGAAGAACGUGCCCAAUUUGCCACCCUUGUCUUCCCGUCAAGGUUCCAAGCAACGAUGA